UAUUUAUGGUAAAUAUUCUAAUUCUAACAUAUUCGUCAGUCUUACGCGAAUCGAGAUGUUACAAAACUUAUAAAACAGUAUCUACACAUACGUUUAUUCUUAUAAAUAUGGCAUUAAUUUUAAGAGUUUGUGCAUCCGCUCAAAAGAGACUUCUCUUGGAGGAUUUCAAUAAUUUGAUACGCGCUCCGAUUUAUAUCACACAUAAUGGCUGCAAUCUUGAGAGAUUCUCCGCAACGCAUAAUGUCAAGCACUUUUCGACAAAAGUUCCUCAUGAAGCUCCUACAGAAAAAACUGAAAUUUACUAUGGAAUUUUAACAAAACAAGUUAGAGGUCUCAAGAUUUUCUCAUUAUUAACAUCCACCGGUGGCUUACUGGCUCAGCCACUUCUAUACACAAAAGCUGUGGAGAGCGGCAAUACAGGAGCUGUUUUAGGAUUGUUUGCAUGUAUCGGAUUUUUGGCUGUGACUACUCCUCUGUUAAUACAUAUGAUAACUAAAAAAUAUGUAACGCAUGUGUAUUACAAUGCUAAGGAAGACAAAUAUAUCGCAAACACUUAUAAUUUAUUCGUUCGAAAGAAAGAGCUCGAAUUUACUCCAGAUGAUGUAGUAGUACCGGAUGUAACUGGUAUGUUCACGAAUUGUAUUAUAAAAGGGAAACCUUUAUUCUUAGAGCAGAGCUUUUUUGACGACCCUAGUCACUAUAUCAGAAUAAUGGGAUACGAUAAACCAAUAGACUUUAAAUUAAGUAAUAAUAAUAGCCUUAGUGAAACAGUCACAGUGAACACUGAAUAUAAAGAUGAUGUCAAUAAAAAGUAAUUAUAACAGCACUCAUA